AUGUCCAAGACAAUCGACGCCACCAAAACGUUGUUCAAGAAUAUAAAAAAUGGUGCUGCUAAGUUCUCCGCAUUUAUCACCGAAGGCGCUCGUAUUAUCCCAUCCAAGAACAAGGACCACCUUUCGCCACUACGUAUCGACGCUGGAAAGUACGACCCCGUCACCAAGAUGCUGAACGUCGUUUUGCAAGUCAACGCGAAUCCCAAAAGCAAGGGUCUUGAAGCAUGGCUGAAAAAGUAUUCCACCCACGCAAAGCUAGCCACCGCCAAGUUCAAUACUGCAGCCGAAGACCAGCAGGCAGAAUACCACCGGGUCCUGGACGAACUUACCGAUAAGGGGAAGCGCAAUCUCAAAGAUAUGAAGACUGCUGAUGAUGAGUGA